AUAAGCGCUUACUUUUGUAAUAAGUCGUAUAGUCUCAAAAAGUAUCUUACUGAAGACGUUUAAGAGUAAAGUUAAUAAUUAACAAAUACAAAAUAAUCAAGCCAUCUUGGUGCAACGGAAGAACACAGAAAGAAAACAACUAUUUUUAUAAUUUAAAAAAUUGCUCAACUAAUUAAAUCAAACAUCGCCAUGAAUUCAGUCGUUAUGAUUUCAAUUCUGUUGGUAGUUUGUAUGGCAAUUUCAGCUGAUGCAAGGAUAAGCGCUGGACUUUUCAGACAUCCAGAACAUCCUGGAAAGUGCCAUCUUGGUGAAGGUGUAAUAAUGGAAUCAGGUGAAGUUGUAAAGAAACACAAGGGCGAAUGCAAAAUGGUAACCUGCUAUGAAAAUGGUCAUGCUUCAAUAAUGCAUUGUGUUAACCAAAAGAUGCGUGAAGGAUGCACAGAGGGAAAAGUUUUAUAUCCUGAAGCAUCAUUUCCGGAAUGUUGUAAACGAGAAAUAACAUGUAAUACAUUUUAUUAUUCUCCAACUUUCUAAAUGACAUCGUUAUACAAUAGAUUUUUAAGAGGUUAAUUAUUAUAUUUAUACUAAGAAAUAAACAAUACGACUGAUAUAUUUAUACAAAGCUUAGAAAUAAGGACUUGAAAAAUAAAUAAAGAUGUAAAUUAAAGAAAA